AUGGCCCAUAUUACUAUUUUGAAGAGGAAGGGGAGCGAAUUUGGCACUCUCCCACAUCGUGGGAGCAAGAAAGCGAAUUUCAAGGUGUUCACAGCUAUUUCUCCAACCGCCGCCCCAUCAUCAACUGAGGAAGAAUCGUCAUCGCCUGAUCAGGAAAUCGAAUCGCAAAAGUUUGAUUGGUACGCAAAUUGGUACCCGGUGGUGCCGAUGUGUGAUCUGGACAAGAGAAGGCCGCAUGGGAAGAAAGUAAUGGGAAUGGAUAUAGUGAUUUGGUGGGAUAGAAAUGAGGAUGCAUGGAAGGUGUUUGAUGAUAGUUGCCCUCACAGAUUGGCUCCACUUUCUGAAGGGAGGAUUGAUCAAUGGGGCAGGUUGCAGUGCGUCUACCAUGGUUGGUGUUUUGGUGGCGCCGGCGACUGCAAACUCAUUCCUCAAGCACCCCGUGACGGCCCUCCGUGUGAAUAUGAGAUUAAUGGUGAAAAUAAACAAGUACCGAAAGAUUUUGAAGCUCUGUUGCCAUUUAAAUUUGAAGACUUUUUGCCGGAAUUGUUCGUUGACCACAUUUACAUUCACACUUCCAAGAAAGCUUGUGUAGCUGUUUAUCCAACUUGUGUGCAAAAUGGCAUUCUUUGGUUCUGGCCAAAUUCGGACCCACAGUACAAAGAUAUAUUAUCGAAGAAAAAGCCUCAUUACAUACCAGAACUUGACGACCCAACAUACACCAAUUCGAUGAUAGCCAGGGACAUACCUUACGGUCCAGGUGGGGCUCUAACCGUGAAAAAAACAUCAUCGUCUGGAACCAAAGAUGAGGUAGUAUCACCUAUUCCACCCCAGAAAAGAGCGCUUCUUAUUUUCUACUGUGUUCCAGUUAGUCCUGGUAAUAGCAGAUUGAUCUUUGUUUCGCCUAGAAACUUUGCUGUCUGGAUUGAACGGAUUUUUCCACGUUGGAUAUUUCAUAUUGGACAGAACUUGAUUCUUGAUUCCGAUCUCUAUCUUCUUCACGUAGAGGAACGGAAGCUGAUGGAAGUUGGGUCUAUCAACUGGCAGAAAUCUUGCUUUGUCCCAACGAAGGCAGAUGCACUCGUUUUAGCCUUUAGAAGGUGGUUAAAUAAAUACGGAGGUACUAAAGUUGAUUGGGGAACUAAAUUUACCGGACUAUUACCCCCCACUCCUCAUAGAGAGCAGCCAUUUGACAGGUACUGGUCGCAUACGGUGAAUUGUAGCAGCUGCAGUGUUGCACAUAAACGUCUCAACGUGCUUGAGAUUGUGCUGCAAGUUUUUUCAGUUUUUGCAAUUGGAAUAGUUGCAGCUGCCAAACAGGGUGUUAUCUCUGUUGCUGCAAGAUACGCUCUGUUUUCGGCGGCUGUGUUGUGUUUUGUGGCUUCGAAAUGGCUGUCGCACUUCAUCUACAAAACUUUCCGCUACCAUGAUUAUGACCAUGCUUUCCGCUAA